AUGGAUUCACCACGCGAAGCCCUGAUGCGAAUGAUCAUUAUGAGUGUUGGUGAAUUUGGCGCAUUCUACAAGAAUCUCAAUGAUUGCAAGAGCGUCGUGUCACUUCAGGGCAAGGUAUUUUUCUCCAUCUAUGAGUUGCUAGUAACACUUAUGCUACUAAAUUUGCUGAUCGCUAUGAUGACCAGAACCUACGAAAAAAUCGCCGAAACGGAAAAGGAAUGGAAACGUCAGUGGGCGCAGGUGAUCUUGAUGCUGGAACAAACAUUAACAAACGCGGAGCGGAAAAUGGCCAUCUACAGCUACUCACGUCCACUUCGAAGUGACAAAGCUCGUCGAGCGUUUGUCGUACGACUCAAAUCUGACAAAAGAGACGAAUCACCACAGAGAGUCGUAUUCAUCCGAAAAAGACACAGUAUUCGUCUGUCGAGCAGUCACCUUCACGUACCAGGAGAUCGUCGUCGUAGCAGCACUCUUCAUUGA